AUGUCCGACGCGGGCUCCCCUCUGCAGCUGCGGGACAGCAUGCGUAAAAUGCGAAAGCGCUCCCGUACCGGCUCUGAAGAGGGCGAGAAACUCUCCAAUCAGUCCCACCGCGACGAGAGCGAGCACGAGCACGAACAUGACGAACACGAACAAGAGCACGAACAAGAGUUGGAACACACUCCUUCACACACCAAUCCGAAUUCAGCUACCAGCUCUACCCACAGCUUGAGCAGAUCUGCGGGCUCUCGUCCUGCUAGUCCCUCCCCUUCCACCGACAAGGUCCAACGCAAGCGCUCGCUUGUUAAUCUCUCGUUCCCGCGCAGUCCGAGGAAGAACAAGUCCAAGGGCGAAUCCACACCGUCCAGCCCCCAUACACGAAUCCGUACAUUCUCUUCACCUGACGCCCCCGACGGCACACCAGCACUUGGGUCCGAACCUGGCAAGCUUACUGUACCCAUUCCGGCUCGCCCACGUACAUUGUCCCAUCCUUUGGCAACCAGCCCCAUCAUGCCUUCCAGUCCAGAUAAGGAUACCGAUAACACUCGUCCGAAGUCCGGUCAUAGUAGAGCCGCUAGUUCCCCAGGAACCGGGGCUUUUGGAGCACUCGCAUCUGCGGCCUCGACCUUGGCAGCCAUGGCAGCUACCCAUCCGGGAUCCCUCCCAACUUCCAAGUCCCCCGGCCCAUCUCCCCCUCCAUCCGUUGUCCUUACUCCCCCAGCAGCGGAGACAUCAACUUCUCUACCAACUCAGAUUGUCGAGUCGCCCAUCACUCAUCCAGCACCCUCGGAGCAACCUAGUUCUGCUCCUGACGUCAUCAACACCCCAGAUAUCCCCAUCGUCGAUGGACCCAAAGCGGAAGAGCUUGAUCAACCACGCGACAAGGCUGAUCAAGAUACCAGUCAACGUGAGCAGCCAACCGUGACGCCUUUGAUCGAACGUGAGCAACCUCGUGAGCCAUCCAGCCAAGGUCGAGAGCCAUUGCCGCGUGAGCAAGGCCAUGUUGGCGUCAGGCGCGCAGCAAGUGCCGUCGGAUCAGAAAUGGGAUGGUCCGUGUUGGAGCCCCCUCAAGAAGAGGACGAGACCGAGGAGGAUGUUGGAGCUGGCAAGGUGGAGCAAGAGAAGCAAGUCCAAGUCAGGGUGGAAGAGGUCGUCCCCAGUAUUGCACCGAGCGCCGUAGACGUUCGAGAGCCGAGCAACGCUGAGCAAGUUGUGGAGCUUGAAGAUGCCCCAGCCAAGGCUGAAGUAGCCUCUCUUGAGACUCAAGAAUCGGGAGUCAAGGUCGAAAAGGAUGAUGUUCCCGAGGAGACGACUGCGGAACAUGGUUCCCUCCUAUUGAGCCCCGCUCCUCCAGCUGUCGAUGAGCGCAAGCCGCUCUCUGCCACACAUGAUGGUCAAGAGCUUCACAAUGGGACCUUUGUCAUGUCGCCCGAGGGAACCGAACAAAAUACACCACAGCAGCCCUCCCUUGAACCGACCUCUGAAGGUGGCUUCGCAGGAAUCUUUGUAGACACCCCGCCAAGGGAGGUUCGCCCAACAUGGAUCUCCUCGGUAUCGACGCCCCCGCGUGCGGCUUCGCCUGAGUAUCCCGAGUUCGCGGUUCCUACGACUCCUCCCGCACAGGCCGAGAGGGAGUUGUUCAAUCCUGACCAGUUCUCUACUCCAGAAAACCGAAGGACCUUCAAGUCCUCCACGAGCCCUGGGUCCUCCCAGUUCUCUGAUACCCCUUCGAAAUUCACAGACCUUAACCUUCUCGCCAUCAGGCUCUCAACGAGUAUCUCGACGCCUCCUCGCCCCCAUGAAGAAUCUUACUACCCGGGCGACGCUACUCCUCCGCCUCCCUCUAUGUCUGAGUCUUUCUUCCACCCUCGCAACCUGGAAAAGUUGAGCCCAAAUCGUCUUGAGCGUUCGAUGAGCACGAUGGGUGUAUUUGGUGAUGCGGACCCCGACGGCGCUAGCGUUCAGGAGAGACUCCAAUUUACUAACCCUGGACACAAGCCCUCUCUCGACACCUCUGUCCACGAGAUGAUCAGUCCCAGCGUACAAGGAGAGGAGAAUGAACUCAGGAAGCUCGCAGGUACGGAGCUUAAGGAUUGGUACGAGAGCGAGAAGAGAACGCCCAAGACUGUUCGCAUGAUGUUGCCCGAGACCGAGCGUGCCAUUGCCAGCAACGGCGCAGGCCCUCGCCCUCGUCCGCGUUCGAUGCUCUCUCAAGUCCAAGUGCUUGAACCGGCCGCUGAAAUUCAAGAAUCCGAAGCUUCCAAGACUGUCGAAACGGACGAGGCCCAACCUACUACCCGAGUCCGACAUCGUGCUUCAGCAUCUCAAGAUCAAGUUCAACGUCAGCCUGAGCGCGAAGUCUAUACUUCCGUUCUCUCGCGCCUCAUGUCCCACAUGGACCGCCGCUCCUCCCUCAUGUCUCGCCUCGCCACACGCCUAGGCACUCUGGGUGGUGUAGGUGGCCCACUCCCCGUCGAAAAGCACCCGCGCGAAUGGGUCGCUCAAACUCUCCCGAGCGGCAAGAUUUACUAUGCCCAUCGCCUUGUGGUUGACGAAAUUGACCUUGAAGAUACCCCUGGGACCAAGCCUCGUGCCGUCACUCCCGCAGCAGAGGGUUCGACUACUAAAGUUUUGGUCAUCCCUACCCCCUCGGCACCUCAGCCCGUCACGCUCGUCACGGAUCUCGAUAUGUCCGACCCUGUCACUCACAGCGGGGUCAACUCGUUCGUAGAUAAGAAUUUGCAAGAGCGGGACAUUGACUUGCCUUCUGGAUGGGAGAUUUGGAUUCAUGCCUCGGGAACGAGCGAGAGCCUGUUUGACGGUAGCAAAGCCGAUCGCUGGGACGAGGUGUCCGAGGCUGGGUCCGAACCGGUCGAUCUCGGAUACGGAGCGCCGUGUGUGCUGGUCUGGACGUACGUAUCGCACAAGAGGCGGCGUGUCGGAGCCCAAGGACCGGAGGACAAGCUUGUGACCGGAGAAGAUGCCGAACAUGAUCUCGAAAUGGAACGUCGUUAUUGGGCUUACGUCGAGACCACCCGCACAUGCAGACGUGAAUCCUCGUGCUACGCAAGAAGCUAUCGAAUUGCUAACUUGGCACUAUACGAUCGAUUCCUGGCCGAGAAAAAACGAGGCGAAAAAGAGGUAAUUCAUGUCGAACCUCCGUUUACGCCCGAAGAGUCGCAAGAGGUCCUCGAGUUCUUCAAGUCUGUCACGUCCGACUACUCUCAUGCCAAUGCUGUUUUGAAAACUCGCACCGUUGCCGUGUCCAUGUCAGGACUGGUAACGGAAUGGCGUCUGGCCAAGUUGCACGCGGUCGCCGAUGCGGUAAACCUGGAUGUCAUGAGCCCAUCGGAGCGCCUCCGCCGUCGACGAGCGGCUGCCAAUCCGUUUGUGGGCGUUCCAUUGCGGACACUUGCGAGCUUGCUCGGUCUCGGUAUCCCCUAUCUUUAUGUGGAGCAACCGGAUGGAAAGCGUGGUUGCACGAUGGCAUGUGAACAUGACCGGCUAAUCACGGCCUUCAAGUCGGCUCUAAUGCUAGGCGCCUCGGUCUCGUUCCUCGCCAUCCCCGACCUUGAAGAUAUCGCGCGCCUAGCAGGUGUUGCAGCUGCCUGCUCGCUCGGAAGUCUAGCCGCCGGAAUCGUCCGACUCCGAUUACCCUCGUUCUCGAGCGGGAAGGAAGGCGGUGAGGGGACUGAUGAUGAGGAGCAGGAGCCACGGCCGUCUGCGCUGCGUACAUUCGCGCGCUCUCUGCCGCUCGUGCUCUCUGCGUACGCAGGCUCGGCACUUGUUGCCGGGCUUGCAGCGUAUUCAUGGCGCGGGCAGGUGUCCACGGUGGACGAUCCUUUUACCGGGCUAUACCCUUACGAUUCGCGGAGCCAAGACUCGCUUGGGGGUCGCUGGCUUAGGAGCUUCGUGCGCGGCGACAGGGUGGUCGGAGACAAGCUCACCGGGUCUAGUUCGACUCUGGGGCACCUGGUAAACCAAAAUACUUGA